AUGAGCAGUGUGGGCUUCUACAACACAUACUACCAGCAGCAGUCGCAGACAUACACGGUCCCGCCGGUCACGGGCUGCGAGCACAAGGGCUCGUCGGGCUGCAACAAUGUGGGCCACUCGCCAAAGUGCUGCUACUGCAACAGCCCGGCGUCGCUGUCGACGGGCUUGGCGGGGAACUUGUCAACUCUGAGAGAAUAUUGCUCGCCGUGCAGAGCUUUCUGGGCCCGCAAGCUGCAGCUCGGCGACAACAGCAAGGCCCCCCACUCCUCCACCACCACCACCACCACCACCACCACCUCCUCCUCCUCCUCCACCAGCGGCAGCAAUCCCAGCGCCCCGGCAACAACCGCCGAAACAGCAAGCAUCAACUACUUCUCGCGCCUCAGCGCGCCCUUCAGCUCCGUCCCAUACAUCCCGCAGCCCAUCCCGCAGCCCAGCUCCCCCUCGCGCACGCUCUCCCUCUCCGCCACAGCCCGCAGCUACAAGCUCCCCGCGGCACCGCAGGCCGGCUCCUCGCCAAACGCAAAGAAGCGCCCGCGCCCCGAGCAGCACAAGCACUCGAGCUCCGAGAGCAAUGCCGGCGGCGCGUACAAGCGGUCCGGCGGCGGCGAGGGCUCGUCGGCGGGGAGCGCGAUGAGGGCGGAGCAGCCGGGCGCGAGGUCGGCGUAUGUGUGCCCGGCGGUCAGGGCGAUGAACUCGAGGAGCGCUGCGGCGGCGGCGGCGGCGAUGGGGGGCGAGGCGGACAGGAGGUGGACGCUGGCGAGCCCGUAUGGUGUGCCGGGGGGCGUGCAGAUCUCGCAGAGUGGCGCGGCCGAUGCGGUGGCGGCGGCGGCGGCAGGGGCGGCGGCGGAGGGGAGUAAUAGACUGAGGCCUGCGGGGACGUCGGCGAAUAAUAGUGGCGGGUUUCAGACGUAUACGCCGCCGAGCCCGCUUUAUGCUCCGGGGCAGAAUGCGGGCGGGAGUGUCAAUACGGGUACGGGCUCGGCGCGGAGUAGUAUGGGCUAUCAGAAUUACAAGCCGCCGAAGGGGCCGAGUUAUCAGCCGUAUCGGCCGGGUGCUGCGUCAACGCCUACAAGCCCGAAUGAUACCCCUUCAAUCUCACAUCUACACACCGCUUCUCAGCCACGGGAGGCCAGGCCAAACACCGCAAUUCAUUUACGUUCAAAUUCAACUUCAACGCCGCUAGCUACAGUCACAGCCGGAGGGAGCACUAUAAUCACAGACCCUCCCGCACGAAACCCAAACAGAAACAUCCCCGAAAGCCCAACACUAGCACCAGCACCGGAUUUUAGCCCAGUCCAAGGCUCCCAAAGCAGAACGGCAAGCAGCCUACGGCUGGGGGACAACACAAUAUCUACAAGAUCAGACUCGGCCCCGCGCGCGGGAGUGCCCAUCCCAGUAGAACGGUUCCGCACACGCAGCUGGGACGGCGCCCCCGUCCGCGACGCCAGCGAGGGGUCCUGGGCAGCUGAACUGGCCAAUGAAUUCUUGCCGCCCCCUUGGGCGACCGAAGCAGCGUCUGCUGCUGCAGCAAAUACAGCUAAUGAACAAAAUGCUCUCUCUACUAACCCCCCCGCCGCCCAAGCAACACCUGCGCAGGCUCCUCGAAGCCCCCCGCCAAGCGCAGUGUCCUCCGGUGCCAGCCCCGCGGUUGAGAGCCCUACCCCGCGUGUCCCGUCGCAGGCUAGUCCGCGCCCGGGUAUGAGCUGGAUGGACUGGGGCUUGUCGAAUACGCCCGUUUUUUCUAGUCAGGUAGCUACGGGGUCGGGGUCGGGGUCGGGGUCGGGGUCAGGGUCGGGGUCGGGGUCAGGGUCAGGGUCAGGGUCGGGGUCGGGGCCUUCGGCGGCACCUACUAUAUCGUGGGGGUCGGGCGAUACGCGCAGGAAUACUGUUGCGGGUCCCCCGCAGGGACAGGAUGCUGCGCCGGAUUCGCCGGCGAGUGCGAGGCGGAAGUUGGUGGUGUCGGGUAGAACUAUACGGUCAUCUGUGGUUGGGCAGUUACACCCUGCGCCGUUUGAUCCGACGCCCUCGCCGUAUAGGAGUCAGUAUCCGCCGCCGAUGGAGACGGCGAUUCCGCCGCAUCCGACGUCGCCGGUGUUUUUGAUGGCGAAUAGUACCGGGGGGUGGCCGUCGACGAAUGCGAAUGUGCAUAUACAAAGACAACAAGAUUUGGCUGCUUGGCCAAUAGAUACCACAGGCGCAUCUUUCUUCGGCCUCGAGUCAUACCAGCCGGCCCCAGCCAGCCGCCGAGAACAGCCCCAAGCAACCCGCCAGGACCAACAGCAGCCCCAGACCAGCCGCCAGGAACAAUCCCAGGCCGACCGCCGGGAAGGCGACGUCAACUCACGUUGGGGCGUUAGUAUGGUUCCGCCAGGGGAAAUUCUUACCCGCCGUGAUACAGGGAACCAGGAGCCCAGAGUAAGGCGUAAUAAUAGAUCUCCGCAGAAUCAGUCUCCGCAGGAUGGCUCUUCGCAGCAUAGAACUCCGCAGAGUCGGUCUCCGCGCCAGCGCGGACGACGCUCGCCGCAGCGAGUUUCGCCAACUACGACCCCGCCGCUGCCGCAGCAGUUAGUAGAACUAGCGCCAGCGCCAGCACCACAGGCACAGGCACAACCGCAACCGCAGCCGCAGACUCAACCACAACCACAACAGCCCCGAGCGUCAGCUUCCGGCUCAAGCCUCACGCCGGUGAUCCCGCCCAUCAUCUCGAUCUCGUCGUCGCCGGCAGAGGAAUGGGAGACGUGGGACCAAGCAGCGUGGACGGCGGCGGCCAACGACAUUGUCCCGGACCAGGCUGACGUGGGCAAGAUGGCCGAGGACGCGUCGGUGCUGCUGGAGCUGUUCUACAAGACGAAGCCGCGCAGGAACGUAGAUAUUGGGGAGGAGCAUAAGGAGAUGAUUGAGAAUGCGUACAAGUCGAUUAUGGAGAUCAAGAAGGAGAUUGGCGUGCUUCCAGAGGAUGGUGGUGCUGCGGCGGCGGCGGCGGCGGCGGCGGGGAAGAAGAAGGGGGGGUUGAUGGAUGCGGAUGAUUGUAUUGUGUGCUUUAGCAGUUAUGCGGAUACGGUGCUGCUGCCGUGUAAGCAUAUGGUGCUUUGUGGGGAAUGCUGUGAUAAAAUGAAGUUUAAGGAGCAUAACCACACGGUGUUGAUGAAAGUCUACUGCCCGGUCUGUAGGGCUGUUGUUGACGAUAGGAUGAAAAUAUACCGCGGCUGA